UGGUGUGCUGUCGUCGCGCUUGGGCCCUCCGGGCUGCGCCGUUCCCCAGUGCACAGGGCUACAACGCUGGUCUGCGCCUCAAGCCGCCUCCACGGGGACCUCGGAGCACGCAUGGACCUGCCCGCGCCCGGCGGGAAGCGGCCAGGCUGGAGGUGGCCGGGGUGGCGGGGCAGGGCCGAGGCAGCGGGCCCCUGAGCGCGCGCCCUGCAGGCCGGACCGCAGCACCAUGAUGCCCGGCGAGACGCACCCAGCGGCUCCCGGGCCAGCCGACCUCGCGCGGUGUCAGGGCUGCGCCUCCCUGCAGCAGAACUUAAAUGAAUAUGUCGAAGCAUUAAUUGCCUUGAAACAAAAGAUCAUUAAUACAGAUAACCUGCUGACGGAAUAUCAGAAGAAAUGCGAUGAGCUGCAGUUCGCAAGAAGGGAGAACACUAUGCUGCAUCACCAGGUGGAGCAAAUGCUUCAGAAAAUCUCCCCCCUGCAGAAAUGCCAAGAGGAACUGGGGUCUCUGAGAGCAGAGCUGGAGGAGAAAAAGAGUUCUCUGAAGCUGUAUCAGGACACUCACCAGGAAUAUGCUCGUGUGAAGGAAGAAUGCUUGAGAACCGACGCCCAGAAGAAGAAGCUGGAAGCUAAGGUGAAGAAGCUGGAAGAGGCUGCUGUCAAGCAAACUCAGGACUUCAAGCAAUUGAGAACUGAAAAGAAAAUACUUGAAAAGGAAUUUAAGAAGACACAGGAAAGGUUUGAAGAAUUUUCCAAACAGCAAACUGAAAGGGAGUUGAGACACAUUGGAACACAGAUCUCAAGUGACUCUCAUGGAAGCAUAGAUAAAAGGAAGGUGAAAGUUCUCUUGAAAGAGCUGUGGCUCUGUGUGAACACUGCUCACAAGCUGUCCGGGGAGAGCGGCAGGCGCAUACCAGAAAAACCUGCCAAAGAAAUCAGUGCAUCAAGAGCUUCUGGGGAAGAUGAAUUGCUCCCAAGCCAAGGCAGUCCUGCCAGGACCUCCGAUAUGCAUUCUUUCUUCACCAAGCUGUCUAUGGAGGUGGAGGGCGACUUCACUUCCUCUGAAAGUGCAGAAGAAGAGCAGCCCGGUGGAAGAAGCCCUAGCGCUGAGCAUGCCUUUUGUGAAGAAAGUCAUUCUGAAGUCUCAGUGCAGAGGCCUGGUGAUGGCAACAGGACCAAUGUCUAUGACCAUGAACAUUUUUUUGACGAUGAUCUUCAAGCUGCAAUUGACUUCUUCAAGCUUCCCCCUCCUCUUCUGUCUCCAGUGCCCUCACCGCCUCCAGUGACAUCACCACACCUGGGCUCUUUAUCUUCCUCCCUGGCUCAUGAAUCCUUCUUAGGAGAGUUCACAGAUUCCAGUGACACUGACUCCGCCCCACUCAGAAACUCUGCAGAGGCAGCUUCAGAGGAUUACACAGCGGAGUCUCGGAGUUACCUUGACUUGCUUGAAAAACUGAAAAGGAGUGACGCAUGCCUGGAAAAGCCCAGGCCCCUGGAAGCUGCCCAGGCUGCAGACAGAGUGGCCCCUGUUGGAGGUGACAGCGGAAGGGGAGCACUGGGAGAGCCCGCCACGUCUUCCCUAGCGUGGGGAAGGCACUGGGUAGCAUCGUCUGCAUUUGGGAGGCAUAGGGGAGACAUCGUAGAAGAGGCAGAAGGACAGGCAGAGGCCCAGGACGUGGGUAAAUCUGUGCGAGUCGGGAAAGGGCUGCUUACGCAGAACAGGAGACCAUGGGUAGAGAGGGCGUCCAGAAGCCCAGCACGGAAGAAGGAUGCCAGAGCUGCAGAGUUCGAGGUGUGCUAUUCUCCCCUGGGCAAGAGGACGUUCAGGGAACUCAUAGGAUCUGAAGGAAAAACGCUGCCAUCAAAAGCAUGCUCACCACAGUCAGAAUUUCCUAAAUGGACACUCCCUGGUGAAUUUGCUUCCAGGUUACACCGUGCGAUGGAUUCUGGCCAUUUUCAGAGAAAGGAAAAAGAUGUGCAGGAGUCUACUCUGGAGUCAGGCGUUCGUGCAGCCGCAGCAGGGCGUGACCGUUCAGACAGUCUUCCUUCCUCCUCCUUGUCUACCUCUGUGCCAGGGUCUGUCUGCAGUAACCUCAAAGCUUCACAGCUAGGCUAUAUCAGUGCACGGACUCCAGCAGAGGUAACCUGCACGGACCUGCCUCGUGUAGAACAGAAGUCAUCAACUAGACCUGUAAACACAUUUCUCCUGUGGUCUGAGCCAGCAGCACAUUUUCCAAAAGCAAAUGACCCAGAGAACCGCCUGCCUGCUCUGAGUCCCAAAUCAAAACUAGGAGCAUCUACGUUUAGUAACUGGAAGAGCAGGGGCCCGGAGCCUGGAAACCUGUUUACAAGCACAGCGAACACACACCCACUUCCCCAGUCAGUAUUUCAGAAGCCAGCGAGAAGUGGGCAGUGUGGAGACCGAGGCCCAGGCAUUGCGCUCACCCUGCCUAAGUCAGACUGGACUUCCUUAGCACGCCCUCAGGCUGGCUUCACCAGGAGGAGCCCUGGUUCUGCCGACAGCACCUCAUGGCACCGGAGUGCUGUCCUGAGGUUAGGUGGGGAAGGCAGUCCCAGGGCCAACACAGAACAUCCGCAGAAGAGCAGGCUUCAGCUGGAGAAGGCGGAGCCAGCCUCACAGAACAGCAGACUGACAGCGGAGCUGAGACCUCCUGAAGAAAGUGCCAUCCCUCAGGGAGGCAGAGCAGCCGCCGCCCUGCUGCCAAACCAAGUGUCAGUCAUAACAAAACAGGCAAGACCCGAAAGGGUGCGGAGUAGCAGCCUAGAGCACUGGCAGCCACCUGGGAGCACACCUAGUCCCUCUGUAGACAGUAGUGAGGACACGGAUCCUACGUCAUCGGUAUCCGAGUGUGCUGGAGAUGGGGACCCCACAGCACAGGGCACUGGCAGGAUAGCUGAUGAGGAAAGCCCAGCUCCAGAGGUUUCUGUGUCUUGGCGAAAGUCAAGUUGUGAUUCUCCAAGUGGUUCGGUGUCAUCAGAGAACUUUGGUUCUACAGAUAAGUUACCUUUUUCCUCUGCAGACAACCUCAUCCAGAGCCAGAGCGUCGUGAGUGACCUACUGCAGAAGCCCAGGAGCUCUCCCCAUACCACCCCGUCAGGUGCCAGUAGGCUGGAGGCUGGGAACCUACUUCCAGCUGAGGUAACGUCCAGAAACUGUCCCGCUAGACAAAUGCCCUGUGAAGCUCAUCACCAGGCAAGCACUGAAGCCCCUGCAGUUGCAAGAGAUUCUCGUAGUACUCCGCAAAAUGUCAGUACGCCUCCCAUAGUGCCAAGCAGGGCGCUUCUCAGAGCCCGUGUCCCCACUGACCCUGUCUGUCCUUCAGUUCUUGGCAGCACAGAUGAGGAGACGCAGAGCGCCUCCCAAAGCAGUCUUCCUGGAACUUCCUGCUGCUACACGGGCAUCAGAGAGCAAAGAGAGUCCACGGAUGCAGAGGAUGAGUCCUUCAGCUGCAGCGACGGAGAGCACGAGGCUGAAGCUGUGAUGGGGCCCAGGCAGCAGGAUGCAGCAGGAGACUCGCAGAGACCUUUGGGAGACCCAGAAGCUGGGGUGAAUGAGGCUGGACACGCCCCAGAUGUAGGUGAUCUGACCUCAGCUCUGCAGGAAUGUAACUUAAGCACCUUUCUUUACAUGGACAAGCUUUCUACGUCAGAGGUGGUUAUGUUUCUUGAAAGUUGUCAGUUAAGGGAUUAUAGUUCAAGGGCCUCUACUUCAGAAUGUUCUAGCAGAGGAACUCCAGAUAAAGAAAUGAAUAAAGAGUUCAAGCAAAAUGAAAUCUUCAGUAAGAGCCAUGGGGAGAGGUUCCAUGAAGAAGAAAUACUCAGAGCCUCAGAAGUGUGGGUGGAGUCAGAAGGAGAAGCCUCCUGUGUCGAGAACCCAAGCCAGCAUGCCCAGUGUCCUCCGCAAGUGCCGUCUGACGUUCUCCCCGAGUCUGGGGGCGGAGGAAAGGAUGCCGAGCGUGCGCUACCCUCAAGUGCGCAUCACAGCCAGACCGCUGAAGAGCUAACAGAGAACACUCCGCCUGAGGAAGCGUCCAGCUCCAUGUCCCACCCUGCAGAGCUCCCUGGACCAGCAGCUAUGGAUGCGGAUGCGGGUGGCAGCUCCCCACUGAGUGGCAGGUCUGACCCUGAGCACAUUCAGAGCAGAUCUGAGAAUGAGACCAACUACGAGGACUGCCCCAGCAGUGGGGAGGAGGGCCUGGCAGAACCUGAGGAGCUUUUGGCCCUGAGCUCUGACUCUCCAGCUCCAACAAGGAGAGAGCAGAGCCCUGCCUGUGUGACAGAGACGGCGUUUCGCUAUCAGAUCUCCGCGGUGACCUCCGAAGUUAUAAGUGUACUUAUAAAUAAGAAUCAAGACCUCAUGAUUGAAAAGGGAGACAACUGGACUAUCAUCAGUGGCGUGGCCAUCUCCCCUGAUAUGGAGCAGGUCGUCCUUUGUGACACUCUGGAAGCGUUUGCUUCUCAGGGUCUGGGAGGCCUAGACCAUGGUUCUGUGGAGAAGUCCCCUGAAGCCAGUCCUGCUGGCCCUCUACCUCAAGAGCCUCCAUGUGCUGGUGGUCUCCCUGGUGCCCAGGAGGAUGUUUCCAGUAGUGGACAGAGUGCCAACUUUGAUAAGAGUCGUCUUCGGAACAGGCCCGUGAAGCCCAGCAUCUGGAUUCGUUCUCAGAUAUAUGACCAAACGCUAGAGACUGAGAAGGUGGCGUCUGAUCACACCUACUAUAACUGGAAGUUAGAACCACUUGGGAAGAGCAAGACUCGGUCAAAGAUUUCCAACAAAGAUCAUUCAAGCAAAUUAGCAAAGACUCCAGGACUGAACAACAGAGCGGAAAUGCAUCUGAGUGAAGGCCCUCAGCCAGAAUCAGGAGAAAGAACAAACACAAAAACAGCAAGAGGCCAAGCUCAGUCCACCAUGGCGGGUGCAGAUGUGUCCACUCCUACCCACAGUUCCCCUGAUGCUCUGAGCAGGAUCCGGCAAGAAGUGGGGCCUCCACUGCCUCCCCUGCUCCCCCCACUGAUAGCCACACCUCCAAGGACAUCACGGCCACUGUCUCCUCUGGUAUCAAGUUCUAGUCCGUCCUCACUGACCUCACCUGCUGGCCGCAUUUCCCCCUUGUGUGAGGUUUCAGGACCUCCCGUGUUGUCCCCGUGGCCCGAAGAACUCCAGCAGGCCUCCCCGCUGGAUCCCUCUCCAUCCCCGUCUACCGCAGCAGCCAGCGGGAGGAUAGUGUCCUCUCCUCUGCAGUUCUGUGCUGCCACCCCAAAACACGCCCUUCCUGUGCCUGGCCGGCUCCCGUCCUGUGCUCCUGGCCAUGCUGCUGUGAGUGGGCCGCAGGAAAAUUCUGUAAAAAUCCUUGACACGAUGUACCCAGAGUUGUCUGCCAGGGCCCGGACCCUCAGCCUCCUCAAAGGGAACAUGCAGCUGUCCCGAGGCUCCUCUGUGGAUGGAAAGGUGUUGCCAGGGCGUGUCAGCGCCCUCAUAGGCCUCAAAGCCAUCACCUCAACAUCAACUGCUUUUGUCCUGACGGGGGGCAGCUCUGGUGGUGACAGUAGCCAAGGUGAGUCCCAGGACGUCCAGCAGGAUGCCCGUGGGAAAAGGACCCUGGCAGCGUCCAUACUGAGGAGCGCUAAGAGACUGCGCCUAGACAGUGAGUCCCCAGAGGUGGACCCCAGCUGGGCCACCGUCGAAGGCGUCCCCGAGGAACCCCCAGCAGGAAUCUCGCCAGCCCACGUUGUCCAAGCUGAGGAAGAGCAAACUGCUGCCCUGGUCUGCAGUUCAGCAUCAGUGCUGCUUGCCAGACCACGGGACAUGGCGGAGUCGUGUAGCAUAGCCAUUGCUCGGGCUCUGAGGAAGAUCGCCGAGUCCCCCUUUGACCUGCUGCCUGUCAUCCGCAGUCACGUGUAUGUGGGCAAUAUCUCCAAAAAGCCUGUCAUGAGAGACCAAGAGAAGGAAGUUGUUUAUGAAUUUAGCACGACAAACAAGCAUUUAGGAGAGUACUUACUUCGCUCUAUUCUCUCAGAGCUAAAGGUUCAGAAGACAUCUCUGGACCAUAGCUACAUCCAUGCACUGUGCAGAGUAUAUGUGGGCAUCUGUCGGCAGCUGGGAGACUUGGAAAGAGCUCGCUUGUUCUGCUACAGCCUUCUGAAAGAAGACUUUCCAGAAUCUGAGAAGUUGACGCUGUUCAUUGCCAACAUGUGGCGUGAAGUGUUUCUCUCCCAGUCAGCCAUUAGUCAAGCCAUGCAGCUGGUCGCCAGGCAGCGUGCCAGAGGGGAGGUUCUGAACUGCUUGAGAGCAUUUCUGAGCUGGGAAAAGAAUGCUCCCAUAGAUGUUGGAAUCGUGGUUUCUAAGCUGCUUUUGACCAUACAGCUAUGCCCCAAAACAGAGUUUCAGUCGAGUGAACAGUUUGGUGAAGACCUCAGUGCAAACAUUUGGGAAUACAUAUUUGCCAUUGAUCUCCUCUGCUGCCACCAGAGGUGGAUUUGGACGCAUGAUAACAUCAUAAGUAAGGAGCUGUGGCCUGUAAUGGACAAGUGGAUCAAGUACCGGAAAGGUCAUUCGAACAUUGCGUACACCCCUGACGUUAUUGUGGCGUCUGUGCUCAGGCUGAUCGGUCGAUUAGGCCAAUUGGGUUUGAAGGAAGGAUUUCCAACUGCCGUGAAGAAUAUCAGCUCAGUUAUUGGUAUGUUCAUACAACAUGCUCAGGAUGAAGAUAUCCCGUGGGGUGUGCAGCUGGCAGCUGUUUAUGCUCUUUGUGACUUGAGUCCUAGCAACCCAGCAGAGAUAUCCAAGAUCCUGGAAGCUUGGCGGACACAGACGUCCAACGCUAUUCCGUCUGCAAUCGUCAGCUGCCUGGAGGAGGUCGGCUCCCUGAGUGCCGAGGGCUCGGCUGACUCAGCGGGAAGCUCUGCACCCUGAGAGUGGGAGGCUCAGCUCCCUGAGGAGGAGGGGUCCCCCGGAGGUCAUGGUUGUUGCGCAGAGGAGUGCCUUGACACCUGUUGUAAGGGUUCACCUGCCUUCAGCUAAGAGUCCAGCAGAGAAGGCGGAAAGCGGGCGGUGGCAGAGCCCUGUGGUCUGUGCAUAGAUAGACAGUGCUAUCUGUGAUGCGUCUUACAUUGGAUGGUAUUCCACUUUCGGAAUUUUUGUACUUGUACAUAGAAAUGGGUUUAAUAACUCACUGUGAUUAUAAUUUGUCUUAUUCAUCAUUUCUUAAAAUUCUUGUAUGUGUUUUUAUAAUAAAAAAUAAAAGCCAGCCAUAUGCACCGUUGUUCUGGUUAGUUAUGUGUGAUGCUUGGUGUCCCAUCCUAGUGGGGAUGAAGAUAUCUCCCCGACUGUGGAGUGGAAUGGUUCUCUGUAGGCUUCGCUGGUCACUUAUGGUUGAUGCCUGUAAAAUCACAGCUGGCAAGGAUUCUGGUGACUCACCUGCUUAUUAAGUAGCUCUCACAACCAUGACUGAGUGGGUUGCAAGUCGGAAGUGAGACCAAGGGGUCAGGCUUUGCAUGUUUGGGGUAUCCAAUGGUCGAGCUCCUCUGGAAGUUUCCGUGGACAGUGGCAUUUUCCACAGUCCACCAGCACCAGCUCCAAUCUGGCUACCAUACUGUUCUUACCCAUGGCACAUCUGCAGGGCAGAAGCAACCAUAGUGCUGGACGGCUCUCUCGAGGUGAGGCAGCUUCAGGGCCUGUUGAUUCCUGGUGCCCAGCCGGAUGCAGGCGGAGUGAAGCUGAAGCUGGGUGGAGCCCCGGGCUGGGCAUGCCCGUUGGUCCUCUGUGGUCAGGAAGUGACCUGGCAGGCGGAACAAGGUCGGGUGCACUGUGUCCUUGGAGCUGUUGUGCUGGCUCAGUGAUGGCUCAUUUUGUUGUUUGUAUAAAAACAAAGCAAUGUGGCUGUGCAGUUUAUCCGAUGCAGUUGUGGAAGGGGAAUGUUUUACGUUCUGGCCACCAGGGGGCACUGCAGAGGCGCUGCAGACCAGCCCAUGGGCAGAGGCAAGCUACUCGCAGUCUGCCUGUCAGGAAAGCCCUUUUCCACUCCCAGGCUACUAAUUUGGCUGCCUGGGCCCAUUAUUUCUACAGUACCUGGUAGGUGGAGGGGCAUGGAUGGCAAGGAAACAGGUAAAUAAUUUUUAACUGUUCAGUCAAAUUCUUUUUGGUGAUUUCUAAAACACAAAAUACUUGAGGGUAAAAAUAAACUUGUCCAGGCGGGUUGGUGGCUGUGGCAGUGACUUCGGCAGGCAGGACAGACGCGCCCGUCCAGAGGACAAGGUCAUCAGUCUUUGGCCCACACUCCUGUGGGAGGCAUCUGAAUAUGAGUCUCACCCAGGGUAACUCAGGGUUACCUGAGGGCAGAGAUUUUUGUUUCUAGAGCCAAGAAGGAACUAACGUGUAAGCCAUUCCCUUUCUGCCUCCUCCUAUCUGACACUUUCUCACAAGUGUGAUUGUGAACACGCACACUCCCUCUCCUGCCCUUCUAAACAACGUAUUAACACCUUAAUGUUGCUUGGCAUAUUUAUAUAUAGGCCACCACUCUUUGGAGUCAGUUUGUUUCCCGCUAGUACAUAAAUUUCUGCGUGCAGGAGAAGACAGAAUGGGGUCAAAGGCCACGGGGAGUUGGCAGAAGUAGCACAUUUGCAGACAGCAUUUAUGAAGGACUUUGUGCUUCUGUGGAGGGUGUUAGCUCUUCAGUAGACUCAGCGAGGGUCACCCCCCCCCCCGGAUGUCUCGUCCCAGUGCCAACCUCUGCACUGAGAACCCUGGCCCUACCCCACUUCCUGCUGGGAGCUGACGGGCAGCCUACUCCUCUGAAGGGUGAAGCCCGUGAAGAUACCUGAGUAGGUUCAGUGGAGACAUCACUUCAGAUGGAGAACGAACCCUCUGGCACUGCUGGUACCGCUGUCGGUAUCAACAAAGGGCAGUUAACAUUAACCAAUAGGUAGUGUUGAGCUGGAUCAGAAAAGACUGGCCAUUUUUCCUCUCAGAAUGGAGCAAGACAAAGACACUCACUCUUCAAUGUUCUUCUAAAACUCCUAGCCAGAGGAAUCAGAUGGCAGAGCAGGAAGAAGCAGUGAGACUGGAAAAGAGGAAGGACGUGGCUGCUGCAGUUAAGGUGGCUUUAAAUAGAGACCUCCAGAAGUGUGUUAGGACUAAAGAAUUCAGCAAACUCUCAGAACGAAGGAAACUUGAGGAAAAUACUUUGGGGUACUGGAAUAGCUGGGGCUCUUGGGGGGGUAGUUUUUUUUUUUAUCAGAUCUCAAAAGCAUAGGCAAACAAAAAUCAAAAAUGGGUAAUGGAGAUCACAUCAAACUAAAAAGCUACUUGUCAAUGAAGCAGCUGAGGAGACCACCUGCAGGAUGGAAGCCAUCACCGACAAAGUGUCCAUCUAUCCAGGCUAAUAUGGAGAGCACGCAAGGGCGUGCCAAAGAGUAGACUAGGAGCAAGCAGUGGGGCUGGUUUCUUUUCUUAUUACCAGGAUAAAAACAUGGGGUGAGAAGCAACUGGAGGGAGAAGGGAUAUUUCUGCUGGCAGUCCUAAGGGACAAGUCCGUCAUGGUGUGGAAGCUGUGGCAGGACGGGGAUGUGGCUGCUCCCAUUGCAUCCCGUCAGGAAGCCAAGGGUGCUCAGUGCUUGUGCUCAGCUAACAUUUCCUUGUUCAUUCUGAGCCCCAGCUGGUGGAAAUGGUGCCAACCACAUUUAGACUACGCCUUUCCAUCUCCACUAACCUCAUUAAUCUCGAUCCCUCAUAGACAAGCGUAGAGAUCUGUUUCCAUGGUGAGUCUGGAUCCCAUCAAAUGGACAAUCAAGAUUAAUCAUCAGACCUAUUAAAAAUGGGCAAGCCUCCUAAUGUCUCUCAGAAGAUACGGGAAUGUCUGACAGACAUGUGAUAAAAUGCUAACUACUAAUCGCCAGAAAAAUGUAGGUCGAAGUCACAGGAAUCUGUUUGUCCAUCUCAGUGUGUCUGUUGCCAGUGAAACGGUGAUAGGGCUAAUGGGCAUGGCCAAGAGAGAACCCUGCUGUACGUACUAGGAAUUAAUGCCCCAAUAGGGAUGCUCUGAUCCACAAGCACAAGCACCACUCCUAGGGCAUGUGGCCAAAGAGAAUGAAACCAGUGUGUUGCAGAGACGUCUUCAGCCCCAUGCACACCGCAGUACCAUUCAUAUCCACUGGGAGCUACUAGCAGCCCAAGUGUCUUUAAGCUGAUGGACCAGUGUGCAAAGAAGCUGCCUGCACAUGAGAGGAUUCGGUGCAAAGAGAGUGUCAUGUUGCUGACUGGAUAAAACUGGACAUUGUGUGACAUGAACUUAUUUGGGCAAAGAAGAAACAAGCGCCAUGAAGUAGUCUUGGGAGAUGCUGCUCUUAGAGAACCUGGGAGUAAAAUGAUGGUGGCCAGAGAUUAGGGCUAGAAAGCGCGGGAACGUGCUCCCUAGUGAACACUUGGAGUCUAGGAAGAGGUUCUGGUCUGCAGGUGACUGACAACAGGUGAUGACAAGGUGUGCCUGCCUGCCUUACACAAACACUGUAGAGUGUACGCUCACACCACUCUUUCUCAGACAUGUGAAUAUCUCAAAAUUAAACUUAGAAUAUUAACCAAACCCCCUGGAAAAUCGGAAUUGGGUCCUAGCUGUUGGUACUGUUGAGAGCAUCACCAAGGGAUGCCUUAGGAGAAGCAAAUAUGACUUUAAAAUGCAAACAUGUUCCGUAGGCAACGCUGUGAGGAAAGUUUGUCGGGGAAGCAAAUGUGUGGUGCUUGCUAGAGAGCCACUGCAUGGUGGCUGCUAGCAUCCUCUGCCCAGUGGGGACCGCGAGGUGUGGCCUUAACAGUAUCCAUUCAGGAUGUCUGUGACAGGCAUGGGGGGAUCCGCGUAGGAAGCCUGAUUUGAGCAGAACACAGAGCGCUGCUCCUUCCUGGCCCUUUCUGUUUUGUGUUUGUAGAGACUGGAAU